UUUCCUCCGGUCGGAACUUUUUCCUGCCUACAAUGUUCAGAAAGGGGGGAGGGAUGCAGUAUGCGUGUAAGAAUCAGGGAAGUAGAAGUCAAAAUUGUUUGAUCUGAUUUGGAGACUUGGGGUUUGAGUGAGAAGGAGAAUGAAACGACUGGAGUUAUAUAGUAGUAUUUGAGGAGAAUGACAAAUUGAUUGAUAUAUUUGGAUGGCCAACUCUUACUAAACAUACCACAGAAGGUCAAGGAAGUGAAACAACCACAGGUCUAUUUUAGAGUUGACAAUCCAAAACUUCACCUGUCAAAAUUUUCAAAAAAAAAAAAAGAAAAAAAAAGCCAAGGCAGAGCAGCUACAGCCUACAAUCAACCGAAUUAUAUAUCAUCAUAAUUAAACAGGAAAAUAAAAUGGUAAAUCGAGAGUUGCAACUAACAUGCCAAACUACCUACCUUGAACUGCUUGUGAUUUCCUCAUACAAUAAAAAUUGUGGAAAAUAUUUAAAAAGAUAGCUUUGAGUGUGGAAAUUAGUUAAAAGUAGUUGAACUCCUGAACCACUUCAAAACUGCCUGGUUUUUUCCUUCAAAUUGCUUGAUCUGCUCUCAAACUAUAAAAUUUACCUUUCCAUAGCAUACUUGAUCCAAUAAGAACUUUACACCCAUUUCAUUACCCAAUACUCUUCCAUUUCACUAAGAAGUCAUGGAAGGCUUCAAGGUUUUCCAACUCAUUGCAAUAUUAACAACUCUUUCAAUCAUUUCUGUUAGAGGACAAGUUUCUACGGCCUGCACAGCCUCAAUGAUCACCAGCUUCACCCCAUGCCUAAAUUUUAUCACGGGAAGCACCAGCAAUGGCUCAUCACCAACUCAAGGCUGUUGCGGUUCAUUAAAGUCGCUCAUGAGCAAUAGCAUGGAUUGUGCUUGUCUUAUAAUUUCUGCAAAUGUACCUAUUCAACUGCCCAUAAACAGAACCCUGGCACUUGGUCUCCCCCGAGCUUGUAACAUGGGUGGCGUACCACUGCAGUGCAAAGCUUCUGGCACUCCUCUACCAGCUCCAGGCCCUGUUCCCUUUCUACUUCCGCCAACCGUUCCACCAAUGGCGGCGUCUCCUUUAAGUCCAAGAGCUUCCAAAGCUUUAGCAGAAGGUCCAGCAACACAAUCUGAUACUCCACUGGACUUGACGCCUGCAUCACCACCAGAAGGAGAAGAGGAACCAGAAGCUCCCUCAGCCACAGUAAAUCCUGAGAUUAAACCAGUAUUACAGCCAUCGGCAUCUAAUCCAUCUUACAUUUCUCCUCCAUUGGUACUCGUACUAUUGACUGGAAUCACAAUUUUCAAGUACUAUUGAAGUCUAAAGGGUAUUCUACAUUUGUUCUUCUAAGUUCUAGAUCUGUGAGCUUAAUGGUGGGCAGCUUUGAACAUCACAUUAUUUGUAUCUUCUACAUCAGAUAACAUUAGUCAAUUCAUUUGAUCUAUAUUGAUAAGCAUGCACACAAUCAAAUUUUUAUUUAUACGUUUAGCCUUAAGGAUCAUGAGCCCAUACUUUAAAAUCUAAAGAUUAAAAACAUUAGUAAACAAAAAAAUCCAUGGACCAUGGCAGGUUAAGUAAUUAACUUGGAGGGAUAUAAAUAAAUUCAAUUACCAGGGAAGCAGAUCAAAAUCGUGUAACAAUAUCAUUAAUGGAUAAAACCAAUGGCAACUUAAUCUACAAGGAACCAGAUAGGGGACAUAACCUUAGUAG